CGUAAUAUUCCACUGUCAAAGAUCUCUGACUGCAAAAAUCACACAAACGAUCGCAGAACGAUUUUAGCAGCGAUUCGGAGCAGUAAUAGCAAAUUUGUUUAAGUUUCCAUCAGCGCAACAGCAAACAACAAACAAUACACGUCUUCACAGUCGAUUUGUGCGUGUGUGUGUGUAUGGUGUGGUUGUUUUCCGCGGGGCGUGUAAAAUAUUUUUUCCCCAAAAUUCUACCGUCGCGUGCAUAGUGGUCUUUCCCGCGGGGUUGUGAAAGCAUCAAUAGCCGUGUCGCUAGCAAUAUAAUAGCAAAUCCUCAAAACGCUAGUUGGCAAGUGAGAAGGCGAGCGAAAGUGAGUGUGUGGAGUUCGAGAUAGAAAACCCCUCGGCAGCCACGACGACGAAAGUGCUCUAAAGUGGGAAGGCAACAUCUCGAGAAUCAUCUUGCGUACCAAACAAAACGCGACAUCCCGUUAGUCAGUCGCCGAGCCGAGGAAAAAAGUGACCGUGCCGAACGUAUUCGACCGAAACCGUAACCAACAAACCGCCGAUAUCAAAAUGGUUAUCAAAGUGUACGUCAGCGGAAUGUCCGGCAACAAAGAGGUGAAGAAACGCCAACAGCGAGUCACGAUGAUCAUGGACAGCAAACACAUACAGUACACGGUCAUCGACAUCACAGAGCCGGGCCAGGAGGCGGAGAAGGACUUCAUGCAGACGAACGCGCAGCACAAAGGAUGCACGAUCAGCGAUCCGAACCCGCGGCACGCCCUGCCCCCGCAGCUCUUCAACGACACCGAGUACUGCGGCGACUACGACGACUUCGACCUGGCCAACGAGGUGGACAACCUGGAGGUGUUCCUGAAGCUGGCCGCCCCGGCACCCGAGGUGGUGGAGCACAAAAAUGGCGAGGAAACUACGGCGACGACGACGACGACCGAGGCCACCGCCGACGACGAGGAUAAAGAAAACAAGACUGAAGACAACACCGACGGUGGCGCCGAGGUCGCCGCGGAUGCUGGCACGAAUGAGGUUUGAGUUCCCGGCUGCAGCUACAUCGCGCGAGCUGCAACCCCCUCACUUCCCCCUGCAAUCUACCUCCCCGGGGAUGAUAGCCGGGGUUGUUGCAAAAAACCCCGAAGUUGAACGCACGAGCUGCCUAUCCCCAUAUGUUGUGUGCCCCGCGUGUUUGACUGUUUAACUACUUUUCCGUUUGUUGCUGUUCGCUAUAGCUAUGCUGCCGCGUGCUUCUUACGUUUAAUCAUAAAAUGAAAUUAAUGCGAUCGUUUCUUUGUACGCUGUGUGCGUGUUGGGGAGCGGAAGGACGAGUGACAUCCACACCGCGAUCCCUCGCGCACUAUAAUAAUUUAAUCCUAAGAAGAUGAAUUAUGCUCCCAUCAAUAUUUACCUCUUCCGUAUUGUAUUCCACUCUAAUGGAAUUCCUCAAAUUCCUGCAAGAGUUCCCUUAGAAACCGUAACCGGUUGGAAAUAUAAGAAAAAAGGUAACAGAAUGCGAGAGGCUAAAACCGAACAAAUCCAUUGGGUAUUACACAGUCCCUUAAGCUGCUGCCCUGCCUAUGCUCCAAGAGCCUACGCUGUCCGUGUUGUGGGUGUGUCGCUUAUACUUCUGCCCAAGUGUCAAGGACGACCGACGAGAGCGUCGUUCAUGCGUGCGUGUGUGUUUGGCCUUGAACGGUUUAACGAUAAUAACAUCCACUAACCCAUGUAACAACAUUCACCUGGGAUCUCACUCGCCUGUUACUGCCAAGUUUUGUCCAUGUCUGCUUUACCCUAGGCCGGAAGUGGCCGUUCCGGAAACCGUCCGGAUAAGCUGACCUUUCUGUGCACGGGGGGGCCUUUAAGGGAACGUUGAGUAAAUUUACGUUUGAUCGAUUUUCCACCCCGACUAGUACU